GGGCCGGAUAUCGGAUCGCGGAAGACGCCCACGGAUACCAUGUCUCUAUGCUGUCUUCUUAUCCGUGUGUAGUCGGCCUUUUGUUGUCCUAUCUAAUGAAGCGCAGCCAACUUCAACUCCAUAACCCCAAGCCUAAAGGAGUUCUGUCAAAAAGGACAAGGAAUGACAUUGAGGGGGGUUUUGACGAGCGGCUUAUUAACAGACCUGAUUGUUUAUAUCCAUUUUAUCAGUUGGCGUUGUUUCUUCCCUCUAACAAGAGUGUCUCAACUACCUCACUCGCCGACGUGCCAACCUGAAAGCUGCGCUUCAACACUAACAACUCAUGGCCUGAGUGGCGCGGCAUCCCCCACGGCUCCGACACCAAGUACACUUGGGACGAGCCGGCCGUGCAGCACCCCGAGGUCAGCCACAUCUAUCACGGGUACCUGUCCAGUUUCGUCCUGUCCGGCGACCCCAAUACGCAUCGGUACCCCGGGAGCCCUGAAUGGCACAUGCACAAGCCCGUCGGGUACGGGCUGGACUCGGAGCCGGCGCUCCAGCUCGUCGUGCAGCCCGAGAACAGCACCAGGGUCGAGAAGGACGAUAUCCGCAGGGAGGCAUGUCUCCACUGGAGAGACCCGGAAAGAGCGUCCCGCUUGAACAAGUAGAUGUAUAGAACCGAGAUAAUGCGUGCAUAUCAAUUGAUA